GCGCACUCCAGGUUGGCGCAGGAACCGGUCCCGGAGAACAGAGCGUUGUGCGCGGCGGCAGCAUGGCUUCGUCUCACGGGAGAAGCGACCUGCGGUUUGCCGACUGGAUGGCAAGUUUACCGCAGAGCAUGCACACCAUCCCGCUCACCAACUUGGCCAUUCCUGGUUCCCAUGAUUCCUUCAGCUUCUACAUCGACGAGGCGUCUCCUGUGGGCCCGGAGCAGCCGGAGACGGUGCAGAACUUUGUUUCUGUUUUUGGCACCGUGGCUAAGAAGCUAAUGAGGAAAUGGUUAGCCACGCAGACAAUGAACUUCAACAGCCAGCUGGAGGCUGGGAUCCGCUUCUUUGACCUGCGCAUCUCCACCAAGCCCCGCGACCCUGACAAUGAGCUGUUCUUCGCCCACGGACUCUUCAGUGCCACGGUCAGAGAAGGUUUGGAGCAGAUCAGUAGUUUCCUGUCGGCUCAUGCCAGAGAGGUCGUGUUCCUGGACUUUAACCACUUCUACGGCGUGCAGAACCUGCACCAUGAAAAGCUGGUGACCAUGCUGAAAGAAGUGUUUGGAGAGAAACUCUGCCCGGUUGUCUUUGCUCAAGAGGUGACUCUGCAGUAUCUGUGGGAGAAGGAGUACCAGGUGCUCGUCUUCUACCAUCACCCCAUGGCUCUUGAGGUGCCGUUUUUGUGGCCGGGCCAGAUGAUGCCCGCUCCCUGGGCCAACACCACAGAUCCAGAGAAGCUGGUGCAGUUUCUGCAGGCGUCCGUCACCGAUCGCAGGAGGAAGGGGACCUUCUUUGUCUCCCAGGUUGUUCUGACACCGAAGGCGAGCACUGUGAUGAAGGGUGUGGCCAGCGGACUGAGAGAGACCAUCACAGAAAGGGCGCUGCCGGGGAUGAUGCAGUGGAUCAGGUCACAGAGACCCGGCGAGAGUGGCAUCAACAUUAUCACAGCUGACUUUGUGGAGCUCGGAGAGUUCAUCAGCGCUGUCAUCACCCUCAACUAUCACCUGGAUGACGAUGAAGAUGAUGCCACCUGAGGGACGUAAAGAGAGGGCGUCUGGGAGCACAGACACCAGCAGUUUGGUGUGCGCUCUCACUCUUUUCUCUUUGGCAUUUAUUUCAUGAAGGGAGCCGCACUGCUCCUUUCACUUUCUUUAGGGCUAUAGAGAAUUAAGAGAUCAGAUUGUGGAAGACAGUUGAGGUGAGAGAAGUUUGGAUUUGGAGAAAUAACACAGAUGUUUUGUUGGGGCAAAGAAGAGGAAUGAGGUUUUUUUGUGUCCUAUUUUGGGGAAAUGUUUUUUUCCCCAUCUCCAAGUGUGAUGUUUAUUACCUUUGCUUCCUGUGCUGUACAAUUAAUGCUUUUUCCUGUGAUCACACACACUUCACAAAGGGGCACACCCUUUAGAUCAUACCCACUUUCUGCUAAAUGUAAUGGUACAUCAGUCUGGGUGUUCAAGUGGCAGUUGUUUCAAAUAAGUCCGUGUUACUUCAAUCAGUCAAAAUGGAGGCCUGUGUAGGUAGUUAGCAUCUGUUUGUCCUGUUUGGAAAGCCAGUCUAAGAGAACUUUUUUGUGUUAGCAAUAUCCACCAGUGGUCUGAAUUGAAGGAUUUUCUUUUAUUUAGAAAAGCAGAUUGAAUGCAGUGAGUGUUUUUAAUAGUCAAGUAUUAACUCCAAAUGUACACCUGAAAAUAGUCAUUAUCAUGUUUCUCCUGCAGUAAUCUUUUAUGUUUUUGUCUCUGUUAAUACUCACUUUAAGGUCAGAGGCUUUGUUUAAUGCCACCGUGAAGAACUUUUUGGUUGUGUUGAUUUUGGAGCCCCUGUGUGGACUCUGCGGUACAGUUUACGUCUAUGCCAAUCUUGUCCUCUACAUGUGUAAGUAGUGUUUUCUGAAGAAAAAGCUCCUCCUGCUGUCUUUAACCGUAAAACGUACAUUCAUCAUGAAUCUUUGUUGUAGACAAUGUAAAAAAAGUCUUUUUCUGCCCCCUACUGUUAAGGUCUGUGUCCACUGAAGGCUUUUUGCUCUGGCAGCACCCACAAUCUUCGUCUCACUUCUUCCUCCAAUCAAUUAAAUAUCCCCAAGAAAACACUGAAAUAGUCAAAGAAUCAGGAGUCUCAUUUAUGCAUGUUACUUACGCUCAAGUCCGGGCCUGAAGUCUGCGUGCCCCACUUCUCACGUACAAUAUGUGAUUCAUUAAAGCCAACGCCCACUCACAAGAAAUACGAGCCCUCAGAUUUUUAAAAAAACUGACCAACCAGAGCGCAGCUACCUGGCUGUGUGCUUGGGGAUUAAAUUUACUGUUUUCUGGCACAAAUCUCUCUGUGAUGACACUUUUCUGACUCAGUCACUGUGGCUGAUAGAUUUUGGAAAAUUUACAUCACAGUGAACAAAAACACAACACGUAACUGGCUGUUAACAUUCAUGAAGACAGGGACAUUAGCCCAAAACAGACUGUAAUGAGAUGUACUGCUCUGUGAUUUUAUAUUAUUGUAGCAUUAGGGGGGUGGGGUCAUUCCCCAUCAAGACUGAUGAUGUCAUGGGCUCAUAUAUUUUCCCUGCUUAACUAAAACCAAGCCAGGAACUUUCUCAGGCUCUAAAUCAAAAUUCCAUUACAAGCACAUCUCGGUGUUUUCACGUGUACAGCAGCCUUAUUCCAACACAUCUCGUGUGUUACAAAGUUUGAAUUUAACUUUACGGGGACUUUAAUGCAUUGUGUGCCUGUGGUAGGGUGGUGUUGAGAAAAAAGUCAUCUCUCCUAAUCAAUUUCUUAACACACAGACACACGUACAAUAUAUUAAAAUAAUAAUAGUAAUAAUAAUAAUGAUAUAAAACAGCUCUCAAAGAUGAUCUGGAUCUUGUUCAUGAAAAAAGAGCUUGCUGUUUGUAGCAGCUCUUUCAUGAAAUUCCCAUCACCCAGUGAUGUCUGCUUCACAUUUCCUCUUUUCCCUUGCACCACUGAACGCAUCUUUAUCACUGCAUGUAUUGAAUCAUAUAAUUUAGCAAAGUGUGAAGCCUGGACUUCUCUCAAACAAUCAUAAUAUAUUCUCAUAAUCAGUCAUAGUUCAAACUGGGCUCGCCGGAAUAAAAAUAGAGUAAAUAAAUAAACGCCUUCAUACAUCAAUCAGACUUUUCUUUAUAAAUAUCCUAUUAUUAAAACUCUCUUAAAUAAAAUCCAACAGCGGAAGAGAGAUCUGACAUUAUGUAAAGAAAUAAGAGUGGGCUCCGUGAACAAAUAAAAACUGCAGUGAAACCGGUGCGCAAUGAUGAGUGGUGACACUGUAAGAGGAGUACAUGUUGUUUUACUGUCCUUCCAUUCACAAGCACCCCAGUUUCUUUGACAGAACAUUUAUUUUUUUCAGACUUCUUUCCGGUUGUUCACCGCUGAAAACCUCUGAUCUGUAGGUGUGCAAAGGGCACUGCAGGAGGCAGAUCUGCGUACGCACAUUUCCAGGUGGAUAGGGAUUUAUAAAGAGAGAAUUGCCUGAAGACGUGAGUGGGCACAGUUUUAUGAAUCUGAAUUAUUUUUGGCGCAUGUACACUUUUUGUCUGGAUUCUACACACUGAUUUAUAAAUGAGACCCCUUGUCCUGGUGGGUUCAGAGACAAGUCUGAUCGGUUUCUCUUUUACCAUAGCUUAUACAAAAAGUUCUGCCUCUUCUUAAAUUUGAUUGGCCAUUGAAAGUUAAACUAUUUCUGGACUUUUAAAAUACAUUUUAACAUGGUAGUCCUACUCAUUUAAAUUUCUCCUAUAAGUGGAUCACUUGUUGUCACUAGUUGACCAGAGGCUCACAGAGGUAAUAUGACACCAUGGAUGAGGAGAGGUGGGUAUUUAAAAUGAAAACCACAUGAUUUUAAAUAACACAAUUGAUCUUUUCUAGAAAACAUAAACCUUUUACUUUCAUAAUGUAUUCACCCAUGGUAGAAGCAAAAAAAUCCAAAAUAAUAAAAAUAUCAAAAUGAACAGCCAAUCAAUGUCAGAAAGGCAACGUAAUCUGUUGUUUACAUGCUACUCCCAGUUUUACAUAAAAUGACCCAUGCAUGUCCUCCCAGAGCCUCUGUAAUUAUCUGUUUUUUCAAAAAUGUUUGUAUUUUUAAAAAAGGACACUGCCAGUGCAAAAACAUAAUGCUAAUGGACAUGGCCCCAUAAUCUCCUCAUCUGACACAAACCCAGUGGUAGCAUCAACAAACAUGAAAAAAAUGAAUCAAUUAAAAUAAAACUUUCUCUUUUUGCUCUGGGUUGUUUUAUAGCUCAUAUUAAGGGAGCAGUAUAAAUAUCAAUCUGCCUGUUAACAAGGUAAAUAACUACUCACAGCAGCUCUAACUUGUGAUUCACAUACUGUUGAAAAUAUCGAGUGAAGUACAGCCUGGCUUGCCAAAAAAGAAAAAUAAACAACACACUUUAUCUUUCCUGCACAUUUAUAAAAAAAGGAUUUUCUCAUUGAUUUGAUUUGGACAGAUAAAAAUGCAAUCAAUGCUACAAUUCUUUUCUAAUAGUCCUGAAUCCAGCAUGACAAAUGUAUCAGAUUGUGUGGUGGGUGCAGAGUCGUGAUAGCCAAGUAUAAAAAUACAGUACAGCUGGGUGCUCGAGUCUAUCCACUGUCUGUGUCUCCUCCGCAGAAAACUUGCUCCCUGAGUGUGCGUCUAUAGUUACCACAGCACUGUAGUAUACAUGAGUCAUCAUAAGAUGUAUCACGGUGUUGUCUUUUAUAAUAAGAGGUGAUAAAGUCUUUAAAGACCUCUGUCAUUUCAACUCAGCAAAGACAUCGUCAUUCUGAGUCAGGAUGCGUUGAUGUAACAGUUUUGCUUUGACACAUGGAAAUAAUACAAGAUCAGUCAUCGCUCCUUCCUGUCUGUUUUAUUUGAAGUUUCAUAACUUUUUAGAUUCAUGAUAUAUGUGCAAUAUAUUUACAGUGUGUUUCCACCAAGUGGUCCAGUUUGGUUUAGCGCCAUUUUGCAUGGUUUGGUCCAGCAAAUCCUGUUUUGACAGCCAAAAUCCAUACAGCUUUGCUCAUAAUCACGGGUGUCCAAACUAUGGCCCGCAGUCUGUUUUUGAUUGGCCCACAGCAAAUUCUAGAAAUAAAAUUAAAAAUGGCCCACAUUUGAUGAAGGAGCUUGUACUUAUCUGUAUUGUACUUUUUUGUUUCAGCACUAGGCAGUGCUAAUAUGUUGAUUCUGUAAACAAACAUUUUGACAUCAAGAUACAUGGAUUAAUAAUGUUCUGAUGGAUUACUGCAGUAAAUAGCAGCACCAAUAGCAUUCCAGGGGCGGAGCCAGUGGUAGCCAGGGUCAAACGGAGCCCGUAAAAUCUGAUUGGCUCUCCCAAAUCCUGAAAAUGACCGUUUAUUUGCCUUGUCAGCCAUUAGCAGGCCAUUUAGGUGUAUUCAGUCACUGAGCAUUUAUUAACUCGCAUUGGAUUAGUCUUACUUAAAUUUCCUCAAGGUGAGGAAUAUGAAAGUGGCCGCACCAUGCUUAUGUAUUUCUGUAUGUGGCCUUCAGUCAAAAAAGUUUAGACACCCCUGCUCAUAUUGAUGGGAAUUACACUUCUUUUUAAAGAUCUGGAUUAUUUUACUCGGCUCAGUAAGAGUCUGUCUUUCAGCUCCCAAUCAGCUCCUCUAUGUUACCUCUCAGGCUUUUUUAUGUUUAUCAAACAGCAACAAAAACGGGAAGAAAAGGAAGCCUGCUCUCAAAUGGGAGAAGACUCCUGUCAUUCACAUAAAAAAUGUCUCAUAAAACCAGUUCAUUUGAAACCAACGCAUCUGUACAGUUUGUAGAUAAGUAUUUUAGGUUUCCCUAAAUUUUUUAACUUAUAGUAUUGACAGUUAUAGUUUGUUCCAUCUUGUGUUAUUUAAAACUAGCGAUGAUAGCUGUUGUGGUAUGUCAAGUAUAGCUUCUUUGCACAUGACGUCACACAGCAGCGGAGAACUCCAGCUAGGGGGCAAGUGGUGAUUUCUGCAUAGGGAAAUGCUGCCAAAAAGGCAAACAGCUUAGAGCUGUUUAUGACUAUGCCAAGCAUUCAAAAUGCAAAAAUGAAAACAUUCUUAAUUUUUAAGCUACUUUUGUGUUCCAAAAGUAGAAAAAUAUUCAGGCAAAAAGAAAAGUUUUAAAAAACUCACAGUGAGAAGGCAGCGAACAGGGCUUCAUGGUUGUUUGGCUUCCACAUGGCUCUUCAUUUAGUAACAUUUUGGAUUUUUUUACUAGCACUCAAAUGGGAGCUGGUUAUCAUGGCUCACAUUGAAGAGCUGUUUUGUGGAGCAGGCUUGUUCAUGAAUGACACAUCAUCACUCUGUGGCUUACUCAAGGUUUAUUCAACUCUUCUAGACUCUUGUCUUACUUCAUCUGACUAGACAACGCCUGAUACCGGGAGGUCUGCAGGACUGUGUAAUUUAUUAUAUUGAUUGCCUCCAUCCCAGGUAAACUGGUUAAAUUGUAGAAAGAAAUCAGUUUUGUAAAGUUCAGGGAUCAUAAUAAAUUUAUGUAGGUUUUUUUCAUGAUAAUUGCAGUGCACAGGUCCAUUUAGAGCAGUGGUGUUAAAACCAAUCACAGCAGGGACCGGAUUCUGAAUUUAGGUCCAACCUGUGGGCCUAACAGGGUCAACAUCUAAUCCUAAACUGUCAAUAUCAUUUUCACCACUAAUGAAAUAUGGAAAAACAGAACUGAUGAAAGAUGAUUUUGAGUUUGAUAAAAGUCCAAAUUAUACAGUAAAAGGCUCAAAAUCUAAGAUGAAAUGACAAAAUUAUUGGUUUAAUAGGUUAAAGCAUGAAAUUAAAAGUCAUAAUAAGGUUUUCAAAAGGAAAAAAUAUUAAAUAGAAAUUUGAAAUCAAGUUUUAUAGGACAAAAUAUGAGAUAAAAUUGGAAAUCAUGUUUUUAAAAGGUCAAAAUAUGUUAUAAAAAGUUGAAAUCAUGAGUUUAAAAGGAAAAAAUAUGGAUAAAAUUCAAAUCAGGAGUUUUAAAUUUCUAACUGAGAGUUUUUAAAGGUCAAGAUAUAGGAUGAGAAGUCUAUGUACGGAGUUGAAAAGACCAAAAUGUGAGAUAAAAUUCAAAAUCAUGAGUUGAAAAGGUCAAAAUAUGACUUGAAAUUUAAAAAUGUCAUUCUCAGAGGUCAAAACAAAAGAUAAGAAGUCACAAUUAUGAAUUGAAAGGUCUGAAUGUGAAACUAAAAGCCAAAUUCAUAAGUUGAAGUUAUGAUUUUGAGAUGCAAAAUUGAAAAUUUGACAUGAAAACACUAAUUUUAUUUUCCACACUCCUGGCUUUUUAAAUCAUCAUUUUUCUCUUUACUUUUUCAAAUUUUGAUGAUUUAACAAGGAUA